AUCAUUGAGCAUAACUGCACAGCCAUCGAGCUGGCUCCGGCGUCAGACGUUGGUCAGUUGUGAGCCAGCUGAGCGUCGGAGGACUCACCAUGGAGCUCGUCCUGCUGACGUUCAGCGUGUUCAUGCUGAGAUCAGCCGCCACCCUCGACGACGCUGAGUUCGGCCUCGCCGCUGCCGAAAGGAUUCCUACAACGGAAGACCCUGACUUGGAGAUGAUACCGAGUCUACUCAGCAGCGGAAGCUAUGAUCCAGUUGUCAGCUCGACAGUUGCCACCACCAACAUGAGCGCUGAGGCUGAAGCCAGUGAAGGUAUCUACACCACAAGCAGUGUUGAUGUUGGUGGCUCGUCUGAGUCCUACGUCGGGAGCGAUUUUGGUGGCGUCAACGCCAGCUUUGAUACAACUGCCAAUCUUAUAGCUGCUUCUGACAGCCUUAUCGUCAACGCCAGCUCUGAUCCAGCCGCCAAUCUUGCAGCUGCUUCUGACAGUCCUGCCCUCAUCGUGGUUCCAGUUGCCAAUCUUACAGCUGCUUCUGACAGUCCUGCGCUCAUCGUCAACGCCAGCUCUGAUCCAGCCGCCAAUCUUGCAGCUGCUUCCGACAGUCCUGGCCUUACCGUCAACGCCAGCUUUGUUACGCCUGCACGUUCUACCUCCACUGGACCCGCCGUCAUGGGAGCCGAUCCCGCUACUCGCUCCACAGCUGCCGCCAGUUUUGGCCUCACUGGGACGAGAUCUCGUCUAGCCCACAUGCUGUUCCACGUGUUGAAGAAGACCUGCUCCGAAGGCGCUGCACAAGGCAUGACUGAGGAAUUGAGAAAGGAGCAGAACCGCAUCAAUGAGCUACACGACGACCUGCUACGUGAAGUUAAUUCAAGUUUCGUCAAUCUUCAGGGGCAGCUCCAAGAACAUGCUGCGCACCUGCAGGGUCAGCGCAGUGGACUGAUGUCAGAUCUGGAUGACCUGGUCACCUCAGAGCGGAACAGACAAGUGGACGCCAUUCAAAGCCAGCACCGGCAACACCGGGCGCAUCUCCAGGAGCUGUUUCAGCCCAUCACGCCGCUCCUGAACCAGCUGGUUGAAAACGGUGAGCGCCAGAUGACCAGCCUCCAGACUCAGCUGACAUCAAGCGAGCAGCGUCUAAGUAAUCGGAUGGACGAUAUUCAAAAUCAGGAAGAUGAGCAGUCGUCAGUUUUCAGGAGCCUUGUGACAUCCGGUCAGAGCCUUAAUGAACUCUUAGAAGAUCUGCAAGCACAGCAGCAGCAAAUGACAGCGGUUCAACGUCACCAAGAGCAAGAGAUGUCCUCCUUGAAGGACCUGCUGACAUCCACGGCGGCCAACACUGAGAAGCAGUUGAAGGAUCUGCAGAACCAUCUGAGCUCCGUUCAGAACAUGCUAAGAAGCCCCGCCCGACAAGCCUGUCCGGACGGCUGGAUCCGACGAAGCGACGGCUGCUACAUCAUCUCUUCCAGUAGGGCAUCCUGGACAUAUGCCAAGCGACUCUGCUCGUCAAUGGAUAGUCGUUCGCAGCUGGCGUCAGUUCACAGGGAGAACGACGACCUCGUCACAUCCCUGGCGUCGUCGGUGGGGCAGUCUGUCUGGAUCGGACUCUUCAGAAGAAGCUCGUCAUCUACGAGCGCAACUCAGUGGGCCUGGGUGGACGGCUCCCCGCUUGACUUUACCAAUUGGGCUUCCGGAGAGCCCAACAACGGUCGUGGUUUCUGGAGCCUCGAUAGUGGCAACGAGAACUGUGGUUUGUUGCUGAGUUCGGGUGUUUGGAACGACGAGGGAUGCGCCGAGGUGAACAGAUUCAUGUGUCAAAUCACGCUGAAAUAGCGGGAUUUAUUGCAGCAGUCAAAUCUGCCGAAUUUCCUGCCAGCGCUUUGCUUUUCUCGCAAUCUAUUUACGCUUUGGGUUGCUCCGUCUGGCGCUUUCAUGUGAUGGUUCAUGUCGCAAAUAAAAUCAUUGUUCGAACGACACGCAAGUACAGCUCAUGUGUAAACGCAACGUUGACGUUGAGGACACGUAAGAGUGAUAUUUAGGUAGUGACAUGAAUGCAUUGCUUGUCCGCUUUAGCAAUCGCUACGAAGAAGACUUGGGAUGAUCAUUGAUCAUACCCAUGUACGGGGAGUUUCUGCUUGAUGUUUUAAGAUAUAAACAAAACAUUAUGAUAUAAUGUUCAAUAAUAAAAAGCUAUGUAGGUAUGUAUGUCUAUUGCAUGCUAGUUAUUUCACGCGAAUACAAGGUGCCAUA